AUGGAAAAGCAAAAGGCGGAGGGUUUACAAAAGAAGGCAAAGCUGGUGGAGGCAAUGACUACAGGACAGCGAGUUGCUAUAGAUAUACACUAUCAAGACCAAAUGAACACCAAAGAGCAGUUCAGCGUGGUGCGUCAACUCGGAUUAUGCCAUAAAGCCAACAAGGAAGCGAAGGAACCUGUGUCGAUUCAUGUGUGUGGAGCAGAUCGAAAUGAGACGCAGACUCCUGAAACGACUCCGCCUAUCAAAGCAACGGGUGGCGACAAAUGGCCGAUGACGUUCCAUAAAGAAGACUUAAAAGACGUGUUUUCAGCGGAUGAAAUGGUUUACUUCUCCCCCGACGCACCGGAUCCGAUUUCCACGAUCGACCCUUCCAAAGUGUAUGUGAUCGGCGGUCUGGUCGACCGUUCGAUUGCGAAGGUGAGCAGAAAGCCAAGCAAUCAAUCGUAUGAUCGAGCGAAGGAGCUGGGCGUUCCUUCGGUGCGGCUGCCUCUGGCGGAGUUUUAUCCCGAGUGUCAGCAUCGAGUGAUGAAUAUCAACACUAUCGUGGAGAUGAUUAUUGCUUUUAAGGAGACAAAUGACUGGAAGACGACGUUUGAGCGAUGCAUUCCCCUUCGAAAGAAGAAGGUGGAGGAUGAGACGGGACAUUCGUUCGACUAUCACAGCAUCCAUUCUGUGAAAGAACUGGAGAGUAUUAGCGAGUAUCGGAUCAAUCGGUUCCAACUGAAGCACGCUCUUCAUAUUUAUUGCCAGAAGCAUCAGCUCGAUUACGAGUUUGAGAACCGAGAAAUUCCCUACGAAGAGUACGAGCAGGAAGUGAAAGAGCAGGAGGAAAAGCCGCCCUAUUUCCGUUUCCAUGCGAAAGUGAAGGUGGAUGGGAAGAUGAUGGGAGAGGGGAAGGGGAAGAGUCAGCGAUCUGCGCAAGGAAAGGCUGCGUGGUACGCAUUGGUCGAGCUGGGAGAUAUCGAAAAGAAUGCAUGA